CAUAUCACAGUUACGUGCCGUUCGAAUACAGAUCGUCUGUGUUCAAUUAUAGUGCCGCUGUCGUUUAUCAAUGCUUGGCACUUUUGAGUUGCGGUAUGAUUACGGUGGGUUUCGAUAUGCUCUUCUACAGUCUGGUGUGCUUCACCAGCACGCACUUCAAACUGCUGCAAGGCGCGUUCGCGACAAUCAAGGAGAAAGCGAUCGCCCAGACGGGCGGUGUGCGAGAAAUUAUUCCUGGUGAAUUGCAGGAGAGAAUGUACGAUGAGCUGAGAUCCUGCAUUCGACACCUGCAGCUUAUUCUUGAAAUUUGUGAAAAAUUAGAAUCCAUCUUCAAUCUCCUAAUUCUACUUCAAACAUUAGUCUCUCUUGUGGUAUUUUGCACUUGCCUCUUCAUUAUUUCAACGAUUCCCAUCGGUAGCAACAUUCCCGGCAACGAAAUCACCUACAUGCUUGCAAUCGAGAAUCAGCUCGCGCUGUAUUGUUACGCCGGAAACAAACUCACCACGCGCGCAGCGGAAAUUCCAAAUGCAAUAUAUAGUAGUGAUUGGUUAAUCACAACGAGUACCAGAUAUCGAAGAAAUAUCAUUUUUACAAUGAUGCGUAUGACGAAACCAAUUCAUUUAACUGCUGGAAAAUUUACGGCUAUGACAUUAGCAACAUUUGUUACGAUUGGGCGAGGAUCGUAUUCACUGUUUGCUGUGUUAAAUACUGCACAAUAAUCAUUAUUAUUUCAUGCAUUUCAAUUUAAGUCUCAGCAAAGACUUAUUGAAAAUAUUACGCACUUAUGACCUAGGCAAC